AUGGGCAGCAUCAGCUACGACACCGAGCCCCAGCUCGACACUUCGGCGCAAUUUGGCGACUGGAGGGACCAGCUCAUCAACGACGGUUACGUUGUGCUGAAGGGCGUUCUCUCGUCGGAUAAAGCCAAUUACUACCUCGAUAGCCUGUUCGACUGGCUUGAGACAUUCCCUUAUGGCUUCCAGAAGGAUGACCCCUCAACAUGGGGACCCGAACACCUGCCGGCGCACAUUAAGGGCGGAAUGUACCAUGCAUACUCGGUAGCGCACGAGAAGUUCUUCUGGGAAGCACGCAUGGAGCCCGCCAUCCUCGACGCCUACGCGAAGCUCUGGCAAACCAAAGACCUUCUCGUCUCCUUCGACGGUGCAAACCUGACUCUCCCAGCGAAGAACAGGGAGCCGAUCGGUGCGUGGCCGCACGUCGACCAGAGCCCGCUUCGCAAGGGCCUGCAGUGCGUCCAAGGAAUCCUCAACCUCGCCCCGAACGGCCCCAAAGACGGCGGCCUCAUCGUUCUCAAGGGAUCGAGCAAGCUCAACGAGGCCUUCUUCAAGACCCACGAUACGGAGCGAGAGACCUGGGGUCCGACCGACUGGUUCGGGUUCACCCCGGAGGAAGUCGAGUGGUUCAAGGAGAGGGGCUGUGAGACGAUCAAGGUCUGCGCCGAACCGGGCGAUCUCAUCCUGUGGGACUCAAGGACUGUUCAUUACAACUGCUUGCCCGAGAGCGACGCUGUCCGUUCUGUGCUGUACAUGUGCUACUCUCCAGCCUCAUAUGCGAAUGCGGAAGAUUUGAAGGCGAAGGCACAGCUGUUCAAAGAUAGAACAGGCACGACUCAUUGGCCGCACGCGAAUAUCUUCCGUGAUGAGCGCAAGGUGAUUAGACUUGGGGAGCAAGAAACGUACCAGAGAAACAGGCCGGUCAACGAGCCCGAAGAAACUGAGAAGCUACUGAAGCUUGCGGGAGUGUUGCCUUACGUCUCUUGA